UCAACUGAACUUUGAACGCAAAACACUUGUUGUUUGCUACCUUUUAUCAUAAAAUGUAUGACAUUCUUAUCAAGUAAAUUAAACCAGAUAUAUUAUUUCCUUUUGAUUAAAAAGCUGUUUUACUUACUGGGUACUCAGUCACACCACACAUCUAUCUUACUUAAUUUAACGACCACUAAAGGUACUUAGGGAUACCUAUUCAAAUGAUUCGUUCCCUGGGAAUAUUAUCAAUGGGAGGUAAAAGCUUCACCUCAGUAAAGCUUUACAGUGUUAGUGCUGAAUUGAAUAAUCGACUGAAGGGCAAAGUUGCUAUAGUCACAGCAUCAACUGAUGGUAUAGGAUAUGCCAUUGCGAAGAGGCUUGGAAAUGAAGGUGCAUCAGUGGUAAUAUGCAGUAGAAAAGAGAACAAUGUCCAGAAAGCAGUUAAUGAACUUCGCAAAGAAGGAAUUACCGUGGAGGGUGUAGCAUGCCAUGUUGGGAAUGCUGAACAGAGGAAGAAACUGUUUGAUAUUGCCAAUGACAAAUUUGGGGGCCUUGAUAUAUUAGUCUCAAAUGCUGCAGUUAAUCCAGGAGUGUCACCAGUUUUGGAGACAGAUGAAAAUGUUUGGGACAAAAUAUUUGAAAUCAAUGUGAAAAGCUCUUGGUUGCUGGCCAAGGAAGCCUACCCGAAUCUUGUUAAGCGAGGGGGAGGCAGCAUCGUAUUUAUUUCAUCUAUAGCUGGCUAUCAACCUAUGUCUCCUUUAGGUCCAUACAGCGUGAGUAAGACAACAUUGUUGGGAUUGACCAAGGCUAUCGCAAAUGAAGUCGUGACUGACAACAUAAGAGUUAACUGUGUCGCACCAGGCAUCGUUGCUACAAAAUUUGCUUCAGCUAUUACCAGCUCAGAAGCAGCUAAGGAGCAAAGCUUAUCAAUUGUGCCGAUGCAAAGAUUCGGAAAGCCAUCGGAAAUAGCUGCGGCCGUGGCGUUUUUAGCGUCGAACGAUGCGAGCUAUGUCACCGGCGAGACCAUCGUGGUGGCGGGAGGCGCUCAUGCCCAUCUGUAAUUUAAAUCUAA